CAGCCUGUCCGCUACCAAACAUUUAGCCAACUAACUACAACAACAACUCACUCUACGGUUUGUGUUGGUUUGUGUUAGUGAGAUGGCGUUUGUUGAACGCAGUCAGAGAGAUCCAAACGGAAGUUACAUCUUCUCCAGUCGGCCCAGAGCUGUAGAGAACCGCUCCAAGUACAGACAACCUCCAUCUGAACAGACACACAGCCCUUACGGGAAUGUCAUGUAUGACCGCCGCGUUGUCAGAGGAAACACUUAUGCUCAACACAUCAUACCAACUACGGCUCAGCCGGACCCUGUUGAAAUACAGAGACAACAGGAGAUCAGGAGGAAAGCCAUUGCUCGAAAACGAGCCAGGGAGCAGUACAGACCCAAUACUCCUGAGCCCCUGCAGGGCAGGAAGCACAUCGACGUACAAACAGAUCGUUACCUCGAAGAACUGAGUAACAUUAUAGUGUCUAAAAAUAUCGAGUGCCAGACUGAUGCUUUCCUGGACAGACCACCCUCUCCACUCUUCAUACCGGCCAAAUCUGGCAGAGAUGUUGAAACCCAGAUAGAGGAGGGAGAGUUGUUUGACUACGACAGGGAGGUGCAGCCAGUGUUGGAGGUCCUGGUGGGUAAGACAAUAGAACAGUCUCUGGAGGAGGUGAUGGAGGAGGAGGAGCUGGCCUGUCUCAGGGCCCAGCAGAGGGCCUUCGAAGAGCUCAGAAAUAAUGAGCUGGCAGAGGUGCGGCGGCUUGAGGAGCAGGAGAGACGCCACUGUGAGGAGAAAGAGCGUAGGAUUGCCCAGCAGAAGGAGAUGCUGGAGAAAGAAAGAGAGACUGCAGAGAAGAUCGCCGCCCGGGCGUACACACAGCAGUACUUGGCUCACCUCCUACCUGCAGUCUUUACCUCGCUGAGAACCCACGGCUUCUUUUAUGACCCCGUGCAGCAAGAUAUUGAGACUUAUUUCUUCCCAAGUCUGACGGUAGAGAUCAACAACAGUUUGGAGAGGAGAUACACAGCAAGAGCGCUGCUGGACAAUAUCAUCCAUGAUGUCGCCCAGAACAGACUGGAGGCGUUCAAAGAGCCGGAGACACAGUGAUAAUGUUUUUUUCCCCCAAAAAAAACAAUAUAAUUGGUUCAAAAUGAC